AUGGACAAAGCCAAAAGAGUCGUGAUCGUCGGUGCGGGCGCUGGCGGCAUUGCCAGCGCUGCUCGUCUUGCAAAAGCUGGUCUGCACGUAACAGUGGUCGAGAAGAACGACUUCACCGGCGGGCGAUGCAGUCUAAUACACAGAGAUGGUCACCGCUUCGACCAGGGCCCCUCUCUGCUCCUACUGCCAGACUUGUUCCGAGAAGCUUUUAUUGACCUCGACACAACCCUGGAAGAUGAGGGCAUAGAUCUGCGGAAGUGCGAGCCAAACUAUAACGUGUGGUUCGGCGAUGGUGAAUGUAUCGAAUUGUCAACCGACAUAGCACGCAUGAAGACGACCGUUGAACGAUGGGAGGGCAAGGACGGCUUCAAAAGAUACCUGGCGUGGAUGCAGGAGGCGCACAAUCACUACGAGGCAAGUGUAGAACAUGUCCUGCGCAAAAAUUUCUACAAUCUUCUCAGCAUGGCCAGACCGAGCUUCUUAAAGCAUAUUGUUGAGCUGCACCCCUUCGAAAGCAUUUGGGCCCGAGCAUCACGAUACUUUUGGACAGAGAGGUUAAGACGAGCAUUCACUUUCGGAAGCAUGUACAUGGGCAUGAGCCCGUUCGAUGCGCCAGGCACAUACAGUCUGCUCCAGUACACCGAACUAGCCGAGGGCAUAUGGUAUCCCGUCGGCGGUUUCCAGAAGGUGCUGGCUGCUCUUCAGCAGGUCGCACAACGCUUCGGUGUUGACUUCAGGUUAUCAACAACUGUGUCGAAAGUCAACGUGGACCAGAACUCGGGAAGAGCUACCGGCGUGACACUUGACAACGGGGAAGUGCUCCCAGCAGACAUCGUCCUCAUGAACGCGGAUCUUGUGUACGCUUACAACAAUCUUCUACCACCAUCAAGCGAGGCAAAGUCAUUGUCAGCAAAGCCUGCCUCGUGCUCGAGCAUCUCUUUCUAUUGGUCCAUCGACAAAGUGAUACCAGAAUUACACACACACAAUGUCUUCCUAGCCGACGAUUACCAGGACAGCUUCGAUGACAUCUUCAAAAAGCAGCAGAUUCCGAAGGAGCCCUCGUUCUACGUUAACGUUCCUUCCCGAAUCGAUCCCUCCGCUGCACCUCCUGGCAAAGACACGAUCGUAGUGCUGGUGCCCUGUGGUCAUCUCCUUGAGGGUGAAGCUGAUCGCGGGAUUUCAAGCCAAGAUUGGGACGGUAUGGUGAGCAGGGCAAGGAAUGCCGUACUAGACACGGUCCGAUCGCGGACGGGCGUUGAGCUGCAACGAUAUAUCACAAGCGAGUCUAUCAACACCCCUGCCAGCUGGAAGGAGCGGUUCAAUCUCGACAAGGGCGCCAUUCUUGGACUCAGCCAUUCAUUCUUCAACGUCCUGAGCUUUCGACCGAAGACCAAGCACGCCACGAUCAAGAAUCUCUACUUUGUGGGUGCUAGUACUCAUCCUGGGACAGGAGUGCCCAUUGUACUUGCUGGAAGCAAGAUCACGACUGGCCAGAUUCUGGACGACUUAGCAAUGCAGAAACCAUGGACUCAUGGCAGUCAUUCACGAAGGCGAGUCAGCAGUCUCGACAAGGAGGGAACGAUCCCUACCGAUCUCAGUAGACUCAUUCUCGUGGGCCUGGCGAUAUUUGUGCUACUGAUCUACAUGCUUGCUGUUACAGUGCAGUAG